AGCGGAUCCAAUUCACUUCACUUCGUCUUCAAGAGAGACGGACAUUAUUUUCCAACAUGUCGUCAGAAGGACUAGGUGGCACUCGUUUCUGGGGCGAAGAGGAGGCCGUCUUCUUGCUUCGGCAGCUGAAAGAACUCAACAUUUUCAAGUGGGUCAACGGACGAAAAAUCAGGAAUGCGGAAGUAUUUAAAAAGGUGGCGAAAAAAAUGGAGGAAGCGGGCUUCAUUCGGACUUUCGAGCAGAUAAAAGGGAAAUGGAAAAGCAUGAAGCGGAUUUACUUCGUAACCAAAAGGAAGAUUAAAAUAAAUGGACACAACUCAGUUCCGUGUCCAUACUUUGAUCUCCUCGAUGACCUGCUAGGAGGACGAGCGUUGUCUCAAACGUGUGGCUUGGACGUUGGCUUUGGGGCUUCCGUUUCAGAGAGUGUGCCGAAAGACCAGAGAGAGCCAACUGAUGACCCAGAGAAGCAUCCAGACGAAGAGGAUGCCGUCGAAAUGGAAGAGACGGCUGAAACAGAAGAACGGGAGACUGAUAGUCCUCCUGUAUUAAAGACGAAGACUCGCCCAGGUAGCUUUGCGAUGUUUGGGGAAAGGCAAAGACCCAGGGGCCGACGGUCUGACGUGAGGCGCUUUACGUCCAGCAUGGAGAGACUCCAGACUGCUUUGGUCUACCAGUUACGACAGAGCCAAGAAAUGCAGGAAAGGCUGGUGAAUUCCGUCCUCCAGAGCAACGAGUCCAUGGUGUCGGCUCUUCUUAAAGGCAUCCAGAGUCUAAGACCACGCCCGCCGGAUCAGAGAGGAGAAAAAGAAGCCGAUGGAGACCACCGUGGAGGAUCACAAGCAGACAACCUCUUAGCUCCGCUAUCAGAUAGCGACGACACGACGUCAUACUCCCCUGAAGCUGAAGACCAGGACAGCACCCAAAAACCCUUGAGCAGCAAUACAGACCACGAAGAUGAUCUGAGGACUCACACCGACAACAAAGACUCUGAAUGCUCUAAAAAGAAGACGGGUAAAAAACCUUUGACCUGCUCAGUUUGUGAUAAAAGCUUUUCUUGUAUGAGCCAUUUGUCUCGACACGUGGCAACGCACACGGGAGAGAAACGUUUCAUAUGCUCGGUUUGCGGAAAAGGAUUUUUUGAAAGGUGUGAUUUGGCCCAACACAUGCGGACGCACACGGGAGAGAAACCUUUCAGUUGUUCAGUUUGUGGCAAUACGUUUUCUCAGAGGUCGACUCUGACAGCUCACAUGAGAACGCACACAGGAGAAAGACCUUUUAGCUGUUCAAUUUGCGGCGCUAGGUUCUUCCGACAGUCGGAAGUGGUAUCUCAUAAGAGGACGCACACGGGAGAAAAACCCUUUAGUUGCUCCGUUUGCGGCAAAAGAUUUGCUCAAAGGGGACAAAUGACGGUUCACGCGAAAGUCCACACGGGAGAAAAAGCGUUCAGUUGCUCCAUCUGUGGCGCUAGCUUCGUUCAAAAAUGGCAUGUGGUGUCACACAUGAGAACACACGCCGAAAAUAAAAACUCUUAGUUCAUGUCAUGAACACACGCUUGAGGACUCACACCGACGACUCUCACAUGCUCCUCGCAGCUACUCACCUUGCCCACCCACAUAGAAUGUGUUGUUUUUCUUUAAAUGCCUUUCAAGCUAAGUAAGGUUUCAAACUAAUAACACAGUAAAUUGUAUGGUUAGCAAAUGCAAGUAAAUACUCUUUAUAUGUCAGGUUAGGUGGUAUUUUUGCUUUUUUGUGGUAAUGAGUUUUAUUAAGCAAUAUUUAUGUUGUAUAUUUCACUCUUGUGACUCUUUUGUUUUAUAAUAAGCUAAAAAUGUUUAGUAUUUUUGGCUUGUCUAAAGAGAUAUCUUGCUGAAUCCUACAAAAAGUACUGCAUAGUACUGCAUAGUUCUUGAUGACAGUAAAAGUUCAAAUGAAU